AUGGGUCGUUCGAUUGGAGGGGUCGAUGGAUCAGGCAAUGUAUCGGGCGAUUUAUCGGGCGACGGAUCAGGCAAUGGAUUGGGCGAUGGAUCAUGCGGUGGAUCGGGCGAUGGAUUGGGCGAUAGAUUGGGUGAUGGAUCGGGCGAUGGAUUGGGCGAUGGAUCGGGCGAUGGAUUGGGCGAUGGAUCGGGCGAUGGACCAAUGGACCGAUGGAUCGGUGGAUCGGGCAAAUUGGUGAAACACUUCUCCCGCCAGCUGGUCACCAAAGCCCGGUUCGGCGAGGAGUUGCAACGGGAGCUCGCGUCCGUGCCAUGCUUACCACAAUGGUUGAGGGUCGUCGGCCUCAGCCAGGAGGCUAUCGAGGCUGUAUGCACACGCGUGAGCUCCCUGGAAGCCCUGCGCGAGCGCUCAGAUCACGAGUUACGGGCGUUGCUGGCUGGCGCGAGAGAAGAAGAACAGCGGCGGUUGUGUCGCGCUAUGCAGCGGCUACGAGCUUAUACAGAGGCUCUGGCCCGCGGCGAGGCAAGCGCCGAGAUGCAGCUGUACUGGGACUCGUGGGAGAGACACGGCCGCGGGUCCCCCAGGACGCGCGUCAGGGCCUCCAGGGCCUCGUUGCCAACUGACUGCGGAUUUGAUUCGCAACACUCCACCCCGCAGGGGAAAAAAGGUGGCAAAUCCCCGACAACGCCCGUAAGCAAACGCAAGCAGAACGCCCACUUGCCUGCGCCCGCGGCUCUCACUAAAUCACGCUCGCACGAGUCGCAGCUCUCCGUCAGACCGGACGCGUCUGAUGUCAGCGACAACAGUCAAUCAUCAGCGGUGGGCACUCUAGAAGGCAGUCCACCCGCAUCACCUCACGACACCGAAUCAGAACAUACGCCACUCCACCGGCCUGGCAACAACGUCGCAUAUAUUUACAACCUCAACAACGCGUGUUCGACGGGCGGCGCGGCGAGCAACUGUUCGGGCGCGCCGCGGUCGCCGCGCACGCCCACGGUGGGGCGCUGCAUGGCGCACGACAUCGCGCACCGCUUCACCAAGAAGUUCAACAUGAUCGCCACCUGCGACUACUGCGAGAAGCAGAUGCUCUUCGGGGCCGGGCUCAAGUGCAAGGAGUGCAAGUUCAAGUGUCACAGGGAUUGUGAAAGUAAAGUUCCUCCAUCAUGCGGUCUACCACCAGAGUUUGUCAACGUGUUCAAAGAGAAAUUUCACAAAGAUGGGGGUGGCGGGUACUUCGCGUCUCCGGUCGCGAAUCGCGUUGGGUUCCUAUCUUCUUUAACGAGAAGACGACAUCAUCAGCCCCCCACGGUGCAUGCUGCAUAUUCGCACGGGCCUGACUCGUCGUCCAACACGUCAUCCUGUAACAGCUCCACGCCGUCGUCGCCCGCGCUGGCCGCACCGCCCACGCCCCACCACCCGCACGCGCACCCCCACCCCCAUCCGCAUCCCCACCAUGUCCACACGCCCAGCAAGCAGCAGUUCCACUUUCCUGAAGUGAAGCCACCCGUUUCCAGUCCAAACCACACCGCGACAGUGCAAUCUCCCGCUAGAGUCGUCCCCGAUACCAAGGAAGAUAUCACAUCCAGUGUUAAAAGUGAUAGCUCGCGUGGCGUCUCGUUGAGCGGCUCAGGUUCAACAGACAGCGGUGGCGCCGUUAGAGCAGACUCCCUCGACCUCGGCAACAAACACGACUCGCGAUGGCCUAGACAGAAUAGCCUAUCAAUGAAAGAAUGGGACAUCCCAUACGACGAGUUGAAACUCUUCGAAGUGAUCGGCAAGGGCCGAUUCGGCACGGUGUACCGCGGCAGUUGGCACGGUGCUGUAGCCGUUAAACUGUUGCAUGUACAUUCGUUACACGAUGACAGUGUGCCGCUUGACACAUUUAAACACGAGGUGGCAACAUUCCGCAAAACGCGUCACGAGAAUCUAGUUCUUUUUAUGGGUGCGUGUAUGAAGCCUCCUCGACUGGCAAUCGUGACGUCACUCUGCAAGGGCAACACGCUCUACACGCACAUCCACCUGCGCAAAGACAAGUUCACGGCAAACAGGAGCGUUAUUGUGGCUCAGCAAAUUUCACAGGGUAUGGGAUAUCUACACGCAAGAGGCAUUAUUCACAAGGAUCUGAAAACAAAGAACAUCUUCCUCGAAAACGGGAAGGUCGUCAUCACGGAUUUUGGGCUAUUCAGCGUCACAAAACUGUGCUUCGGGAAUAAUGCGCGCGGGGGGCGGCCGUCGGCGUCGGGCGCGGGCGCGGGCUGCGGCGGCGACAGCCUCGGCAUCCCGCCGGGCUGGCUGUGCUACUUGGCGCCCGAGCUCAACCGCGCGCUCACGCCGCACGCCAGUCUGCACCUGCCCUUUUCCAAGGCCACAGACGUCUACGCCUUUGGAACUGUCUGGUACGAGUUGCUCUGUGGCGAAUACCCGUUCAAGGGCCAGCCGCCGGAGGCCAUCAUCUGGCAAGUGGGCAAAGGCGUCAAGCAGUCGCUCGCUAACAUGCAGGCCUCCAGGGAUAUUAAGGAUAUUCUAAUGCUGUGCUGGUCAUACCGAGCGAGCGAGCGCCCGGACUUCCCCCGCCUGCUGGCCACCCUGCAGAAGCUGCCCCGCAAGCGCCUGGCGCGCUCCCCCUCGCACCCCGUGCAGCUGUCGCGCUCCGCGGACUCCGUCUUCUGAGAACGGCGCUGCCCCGCGCUCACAGUGCGGCCUUAGCCUCAUCCGUACACCGACUAGCAGAAACGUUCUCUAAACUCAACAAGUAUUUAAUAUCCUAUCCUUUACUUCCUCACAGCGAAACUUGCGACAGCAUUCAUUUCAUUUUUGACGCAAGUUCCUUUUGGAAAGUUGUUGCGGAUCGCGAAAUUAUUUAGGCCCGUAUUAAUAAAAUAAAUCCAUCUCGAAUGCACGAUUAAGAUCUUACUUAAGUCAAUUUUAUUAAUAAAUAUUACUUAUUGAUUAUUAAUAAACAUAACUUAGUACAUAAGCUUCGGUUCAAGAUCAAAUAGUGUCUUGGUCACUUGAGAUUGCAUCAUUCAAGAUUCCGACGACCAUAGUUGUUUUUAAUACGGGCCAUGAAAUCACUACAGACUUUGAACCUUAUAACAACAAAUUCCAGGACCACUAAAGAACAACACAAUAUCUAGAAGGGCACUAAUAAGAUAAGUUUGGCAUUGUAUCCCGGACAAGCGUACAGAGGGUCAUAAAUUAAACUCUUUAAUACCCUUAAUAUGAGUAGUAACAGUGUAAUAAGACGAGAAGAAGUAGGCGCAUCAUCAUCUGCCUUCAUUUCGCAAGGGGUGUAGGGUUGUCACAUUAAUGUUUGAAGUGUGUUUGUUUUACUAACCGAGCCUCUCCACCUUUUGUCGUAUUUUACGUUGAUAGGUAAGGUCCGAAGUAAAGGCAGAAAUAAAAGCAAGACGCAAUAUGGGUAACUAGGCAUACAGCACACACGAUACACACUUAAGCAGUGACAAGCAUAAGAAGAUAUGCAGUUUUGGUAGAAGCUAUGUAACGACUGGUGUGAGGCGCCGCUCGUUCAAUCGCUAAGACCGGUACCUCGGUGUGACACAUUUGAGACUAUAUAUCUGCCGUCUGCCAACUAAAACGUGGCGUGAAAAUGGUACAAAAACAAUUUUAAAUAUGAAUGAAUCCAUUUACAUAAUUUUCAG